UUGUGUGUGUGUUUGAAUGGUGUCUCACAAUGUGGUGUGUGUCGGUCAAGACAUUAGUGAGUUUUUACAACUCGAAUGUCAAGUCGUCGUUUGCGUGUCGCAUGUGUUUUUCUAUUUUUUCGAGUGUGAAGUGUCCAUCGCGUCGCAGGUGUGCGCAGCAAGCCCCCAUCAACUCAAGAAGAAUUUAUCUUGAAGAACCAAGACCAAGAGCUCAAGAUUUCAAGCCCAAGGGACGCGGAUAAAUAUUAAAUAGUGAAAAUAGUAACGCUACUUCGUGUAGUGUUACAUUUCACUUAGUGUAGCCCCUUGGAGGGUUUGUUUUGUGACUCUUCGUGGUUGGGGACUCUGUGGUGGUGUACCACCAACCUGGACCUCGGCUCUUGGGAUCACCGUUUGAGGCACAAAUCAGAUCGGCAUCAAUAUUUGAAUCUGGCUGACGGAAUUCUGACUGUGCACAUUUUCUCUCAUUUUAGGCACAUCUGAGCCUAUUGUGAUUAUAACAAGUGGGAUGAGCCUAGAGUGUUUGGCCUUGACAAGUUCAACGGUGACAACUUUGCUGAGUGGUCCUUCAAGAUGGAGAACAUCUUUGACCACUAUGAUCUGCUAGAGGUGAUGGAAGGAACGGAGAAGCGCCCCGAGAACGACCCGGAGAAGAGCCCCGGCGGUGGCUGUGGUUUUGGAGCGGCAAAUGGCGGCCCUUCGAAUUGACGAAGGCGAACCGGUGGAGGACGGAGUGCAGAAAUUCUUCGACUUGUUGACACGGCUUGAAGGAGCUGACCUGAACUACAGUGACCUUCAAAAGAAGACCAAGCUGCUGGCCUUGCUUCCGGACUCAUGGUCCUCGCUCAUCAUCAACCUAAAUCGAGAUCUGCCCCGCCUCUCGCUCGAAGAUGUGAAGCGGGAAAUCUUACAAGAAGAUUUCCGCCGUCGUGAAUUGGCGGGUACCGAUGGUGCCGGAGUUGCAAGCAUGGGCCGUGGGCACGGCCGUGGAAGGGGCAGAGGGCGAGGAGGAAGAUUUGGCAGCAGCAACUUCAAUGGAGGCCGUGGUAAUGGAGGAUAUGGCAGCAACAACAACAACAAUGGCUACGGGCGUGGGCGCGGUCGAUUUGAUGGCGAAUGCCACUUUUGCCACAAGACCGGCCACAUGUGGAGAGAUUGCUUCAGAUUGCCUGAUGGAUGGACCCCUUCUCAAGGCCAAGAGGGCAGAGGAGCAAGGGGAGGAAGAGGCAGAGGUCGUGGAGGCCGUGGUGGUCGUGGAAGCGAAGCGGCAUGCAUGAAAGGUGGAGACUACGAGACGGGCCCGAGUGAAGAUCGAUACCCGGGCCAAUUCUUCUUUGUCUCCACGCAAGCGGCAGCUGCAGCAGGAGGUGUGGAAAGCUUUGAGGAACCAGCUACUGUGGGAAAGGUCACCCUUCACUCUCUGGACUUUUGGGUGAUCGAUAGCGGCGCCACCUAUAGCAUGACACCUCGUGCGGACUUGCUCACCGAACUCGAACCGUCGCCGGUCAAGCAUGUCACAUCGGCUUUGGGGCAGCGAGCAGAGGUGAAAGGCAUGGGCAAGGCCAUGUUCAAGGGUGCUGAUGGGAAGAUGGUGGGCCUCAAGAACGUGCUUUGGGUGCCCAACCUUGCAGCCAACCUGAUUUCUGUGCGGCGUUUGCAAAAGGCCGGCAUGGACACAUCUUCCAAGGGAUCCAAAACUUAUACCGCGCGGCUUGGUGAGCGGAAGCUUUGGGACCUUCAUGAGGACAGGGACAUCUACAAUGAAAUGUGGCAAAUCCCAGUGGUCCCCAUGCCUAAGGAGAGGCAAGUGGCAGCAAGCAUCAGCACCAAGAGUGAAGCGGUUGGUGGCGGUGAUCACGGAAAGCAAAGUGACACCAAGAGUGACUCGAACGAGUGCAAUCUUGGAGAGACCAGCAAGGCAUGUGAAUCCAAGGAGAGUGGUGCAGCAGCCAAAGGUGGUGGAAAUGAUGAGGAGAAUCAUAAGAUCAGCAAAGCAGCAGCGGCGAAGGAGAAAGGAGAGAGCUUGUGGGGCACAAUUGUGAGUGCCGCUUUCUCCCACCCGACCUCCGCUACGGGAGAGU